AUGACUGGCCGAGGAAAGGGAGGUAAAGGUCUAGGAAAGGGUGGCGCCAAGCGUCAUCGCAAGGUUUUGCGUGAUAACAUCCAGGGAAUCACCAAGCCCGCUAUCCGUCGUCUGGCUCGUCGUGGAGGAGUCAAGCGUAUCUCCGGUUUGAUCUACGAGGAAACUCGUGGUGUGCUGAAGGUAUUCCUGGAAAACGUGAUCCGUGACGCUGUUACCUAUACUGAACACGCCAAGCGGAAGACCGUCACUGCCAUGGACGUCGUCUAUGCCUUGAAACGCCAGGGACGAGUUGAACAAACUGCUCUCGGGCGUCACCAUCGCUCAGGGAGGUCCGCAAUGGCUCGUACCAAGCAAACCGCUCGUAAGUCCACCGGAGGAAAAGCUCCUCGCAAACAGCUGGCCACUAAGGCUGCUCGUAAGAGUGCUCCAGCCACCGGAGGAGUCAAGAAGCCUCAUCGUUAUCGGCCAGGAACCGUUGCUCUGCGUGAGAUCCGUCGUUACCAGAAAUCGACUGAGCUGCUGAUCCGCAAGUUGCCCUUCCAGCGUCUGGUUCGUGAAAUCGCUCAGGAUUUCAAGACCGAUUUGCGUUUCCAGAGCUCGGCCGUCAUGGCUCUGCAGGAAGCUAGCGAGGCCUAUCUGGUUGGUCUGUUCGAGGACACCAAUCUGUGUGCCAUCCAUGCAAUGACUGGCCGAGGCAAGGGAGGAAAAGGUCUAGGAAAGGGUGGCGCCAAGCGUCAUCGCAAGGUUUUGCGUGAUAACAUCCAGGGAAUCACCAAGCCCGCUAUCCGUCGUCUGGCUCGUCGUGGAGGAGUCAAGCGUAUCUCCGGUUUGAUCUACGAGGAAACUCGUGGUGUUCUGAAGGUGUUCCUGGAAAACGUGAUCCGUGACGCUGUUACCUAUACUGAACACGCCAAGCGGAAGACCGUCACUGCCAUGGACGUUGUCUAUGCCUUGAAACGCCAGGGACGCACUCUGUACGGUUUCGGAGGUUAAAUCAUGGAAUCAAUGCAAGCAAAAACGGCCCUUUUUAGGGCCACAAAUAGUAUUUUGGAGGAAAUUGACUUGAGUUUUUUUUAUUGUAUAAUGCACGGAAGGAAGGGUAGCUAAGCCAAUCUUCUCUGUAUCGUUCCAAUUUUAGUAUAUGUUCAAUCAAUACAAGUUUAUUUCUACUUGUUGAAACUCGGGAUCAGGCAAUCCGCGUAUUGACAGUCGAUGGGGAAACUAGCAAUCGUUAGUGUAGUGUGUUGCUUUGUAAGGACCUUACACGAUGCGAAUCUUCUCAUAUAUUCAAGUUUUUUAAACCUGUAGCUUUGAUCUUUCCACCUUCAUAUCAAUGCUUUCAAUUCUUUCUUGAAUAAAAUAAUUUGAUGACGUGGCUUAAUAUCAAAUUAAAAUAUAUAUCGACCCAAAGUAAGAUUAAGUUGAGACCUUAGAUUCAAACAUUAUUUUUUCCUACCAUUUCUGUCUAGGUUUACAAACUUCCUUUUUCUAAUUUGAGCAAAUAAAACUACUUAUCAGUUCAUUUUCAUUUAAAAUUGAAUAGAUCAUAAUUUAAAUUGAACUCAUUGUUGACCGUUGUAAAGAAGCACAUCUGUUAAGUUUACCUUUAAUAUAUGCUCAAUAGCUUUUUACACUUCUUGGUUUGUAUUAUCGGAAGCGAGGAUUCGGACGCAAAAUGGCAGUUA